GAUUCGAUCUCCAUCCUCUGUCCCUCUCCUUACCCGCACUCGUCUUUCCCUCACCACCACCUCCUAACCCGACACAACCUGGCCACAGAUUGCUCCCACCAUAAAAAUCCCAACCCAACCCAUCCCUUCUCUGUCCCGCGACCAAUGAAUGCUCUGGCGACGGAGGAGCUCAAGAAGGAAGAAAAGCCGAUUAAGCAGACGAAACCCAGGACUUCGAAAGAGAGGAAGCCACAACAACCCAAACCCAAAACCAAAACUGCCGCUCAUCCUCCAUACUUUCAGAUGAUAAAAGAGGCACUUUUGGCUCUGAAUGAGAAGAGUGGGUCGAGUUCGUACGCCAUAUACCAAACCUACACCCAGAUCCCUCCUCCGACCUCUCUCUUCCGUCUGAUUCGUCGUCGACCCCACACCUCCUCCGACCUCUCUCCUUCUCUCAACCUCUCGGCUGUUAAAACCCUCAUCUCCUUCCCACCUCCGCUCUCUUCACCUUCAAACCCUCCCCUUGUUCCCACCGUUAUUCUCCUCCUCGGCAUCGAUGGUUGCAUAGAGAAGAGGGAGUUAUAAUGGGAGAUAGAUGCGGGAAAAGAUAAAGAGAAGAAAGAGAGAAGGGUUGGUGCGGGUGGAAGAAAUGAAGGCCCGCAUCUCUAGGCCUUUUUUAUUUGUUUAAUUUUUUUAAUUUUUGAAUAUUUUAUUAUUUUUUUAAUCCAGUUGGAUUAGUGAGUGGAUCCCGUCUCUAGCCACAUCAGCAUUUAACAUAAAAAGUAACAGAAAA